GGCACUUAGUUUACCUGCAAUGGCGAUUUCCGUCAUUGGUGUAGGUUGAAAGUUGUUCAUGAGGCGUCAACAUUAACCUAAAUGUAGCAGGCGUAAAAUAAACCGUCCCCAUAGGCAAUUGGCUUUCAAGACAUAGGGUCACAUAUUUGACUGGCCGAUGUUCGUAUUUAUUGCAGGUAGGCUAUAAAACAUAAAUUAUAUAUACAGCUACUUUGCAUAGAACAAAAUACCAUAUAACGUGAAUUGAGAAAUUUAAAGAGAUAUCCUUAAACACAUCCUGCACAAUGGCCGACAGCGGGAAGACUGAUGAGCCCAGUACAGCCACAGCCCAGCCAACUAAUGGAGACCAGCAGAGUGUUGUGUCCCGCGUGGGCAGCAUCCCCCUGGUGAGCUCUGCGUGUGGUGUAGUGUCCAACGCCUACAGCAGCACUAAGGACAGCGUGCCCCUGCUGAAGGGGGUCAUGGAGGCUGCCGAGAGCGGGGUGCGCACUCUUGGGGCAGCCGCCACAACCGGCUCCAAGCCACUCCUGGACAGACUGGAGCCACAGAUUUCUGUGGUGAAUCAUUAUGCUAUGAUGGGACUGGACAAGGUGGAAAAACUGCAAAUCCUCCAGCAGCCAGCUGAUAAGCUAGUUUCAGAUACAAUAGGCAUAAUGUACCAGUCUGUGAGUGGGACAAAGGAGGCCAUGACUGGGGCUGUAACCGGGGCCAAGGAAACCAUGACUGGGGCUGUAAUGUCGGCAGUGUUCGGGGGUGUGGAGAUGACCCAAGCAGCAGCCAGUGGAUUGUUCAGCUCAUUCAUGGUGACCGGUGUGGGCCAGAUGGUCAGCAGUGGGGUGGGCCUGGCCCUCAGCCAUUCUGAGAACUGGGUGGACCAUAACCUGCCUCUCAGCGACAGAGAGCUUGCUGCUUUGGCGGAGCCUGCAACAGGUGAGGUGACUACUGCACCAGUGGUGAGCUCUAGCUACUUUGUCCGUCUGGGCAAGCUGUCCUCCAAGGUGCAGGAGCGGGCCCUGGAGCAGUCCCUGGUGAGAGCCCGGCACGCCAGAGAUGCCACAUACGCAACUUUGGCACAGAUCACCAGCACCCUGGACCUGCUGGAGAAAGCCCGCUCCACCCUGGCCACUGCCAACCACCAGCUGGGAGGGGCACCAGAGCAGCUGCUGCAGCGCUGGAAAGAGUGGCAGGAGAAACAACCUAAACAUGGAGGGGUAGAGAUGGGGGAGGUGGAUGAUCCCAAAGACCAGACUGAGCAGUUGGAGUGGCGAACCCUCUCGAUGGUGCGUGGUCUCAGUGACCAGUUGCGAUCUGCAUGCUCUGGGGUGGUGUCCAGCGCCCAGGGCUUACCCGGUGCUGUCCAGGACCAGCUGGCAAAUGCACGGAAAGCGGCUGAAGAACUGCACUCCUCCCUGGGCAACACUAGCACCCUCACACCCCCCCUCUUGGAGCAGACCCGUCACCAUCUAACACAGGUGCGACAGUCUCUGGAUGGUGUCGUAGAGUAUCUGCUCAAUAACACUCCUCUCAACUGGCUGGUGGGACCCUUUGCACCCCAGAUCACAGAGAAGGGGGAGGGUGGGUGGGCUGCGAAUAAGGGGGCCCCCCAGAACUAGAUUUAGACGAGGACCGAGAGGUUGGAGUAGAUUACUCCAAAAAGGCAUCUCUGAGGCCUGGCAUGCCUGCAUUUUUUGUACAGUGCAGUAAAUGUGCUUUCUAAGAACUUACUGCCCGCAUCCAUAAGCUAUACUGAUUUUUUUUUAAACUUUAUUUAACUAGGCAAGUCAGUUAAGAACAAUUUCUUAUUUAUAAUGACAGCCUAGGAACAGUGGGGUUGCCUUGUUCAGGGGCAGAACUACAGAUUUUUUUUUUUACCUUGUCAGCUCGGGGAUUUGAUCUAGCAACCUUUUGGUUACUGGCCCAAUGCUCUAAGCACUAAGCUACCUGAUGCCCUGAUGGUAACAUAUGGAAAUCACAAUACUGUGUUAUAAGGGGAAUCUACAACAUAAAACUGCCAUAUUUGGCGUCUAGAUCACACUCCAAUCUGUGAAUGUUGAGAAACGAUUUAAAAACAAACAGUAAUUUUGUUUCUGUAACUGAAUGAAAUACAGUAUAAACCUCACAUGCAACUGAUCUUUAGUCCUCUGAAGUUUACAAAUUGGUGUGUGACAUUUGUAUGUCCUCUCUGCUGUAUGUGUAAGCUCCAGCAGGGUCUUGCUGUUGUUUCUGAGUACUGAUACAGUAGGCUAAAUAAAGUCAUUUUGGCUCUGGU